GUGCGUGACCCCGCGCAUGCGCACGACAUCCUGAUUUAGCAGCUGUAUUUCCUGCUUGCUGUUUCCACUCGAAGCAAUGGCAGUAGUGAAAGCUUCCCUGUUUUAUGGAGUUAUUGCGGCUUUCCUGAGUUCAGCGGUGCUUGCAUUUGUUGAAGAUCUAGAUGACACAUUUAAAGACACCAGAGUGACCGAUAUCUGGCUGGUUGAUUUCUAUGCACCGUGGUGCGGUUACUGUAAAAAGCUUGAGCCAGUAUGGUAUGAUGUGGGAGCUGAGCUCAAGAGCUCCGGGUCGCCGGUCCGCGUGGGAAAGAUGGACGCCACUGCUUACUCUGGAAUGGCCUCAGAGUUCGGUGUUCGUGGUUACCCCACGAUAAAACUGUUGAAGGGGGAUCUUGCCUAUAAUUACAAAGGCCCAAGAACAAAAGAUGACAUCGUAGAGUUUGCCAACAGAGUGGCCGGACCGGCCGUGCGGGCGCUUCCCAGCAAGCAGAUGUUCGAGCACAUGCUGAAACGACACGAUGUGCUUUUCGUGUAUGUUGGUGGGGAAUCUCCCCUCAAAGAGAAGUACAACGAUGUAGCCUCUGAGCUUAUCGUCUACACAUACUUUUUCUCGGCCUCAGAGGAAGUCUUUCCAGAGUCUGUCACUUUGCCAGAGCUUCCUGCGGUUGUUGUCUUUAAGGACGGAGGCUACUUUACCUACGAUGAGUACGAAGACGCCAGUUUGUCAUCGUGGGUGAACAAGGAGCGCUUCCAAGGAUACCUGCAGAUUGAUGGAUUCACUCUGUAUGAGCUCGGAGAAACAGGCAAAUUGGUGGCGAUUGCAGUCAUCGAUGAGAAGGACCCCACAGAGGAGAGUGGCAGAUUGAAGACCCUGAUUCAGAGGGUGGCGAAGGAAUACAGAGAACACUUUAACAGAGACUUCCAGUUUGGCCACAUGGACGGGAACGACUACAUCAACAGCCUCAUUAUGGGCGAGGUGACGGUGCCCUCCGUUAUCAUCCUCAACACUUCGAACGAGCAGUACUUUCUACCCGGAGAGCCGAUCGAGACCAUGGAGCAGCUGGUCCAAUUCAUCAACAGCGUUUUGAACGGUUCUGCACAGGCGUAUGGAGGUGAUGGCAUCAUCCAGAGGAUCAAACGUGUGGCCUUUGAUGCGAAAUCCACCAUUAUGUCAGUGUUUCGCAGCUCUCCACUUCUGGGCUGCUUCCUCUUCGGCUUGCCGCUGGGUGUAAUUAGCCUGAUGUGCUAUGGCAUCUGCACAGCUGAGUCAGAUGACGGCCCGGAUGACAUUGACGCGCUCAAGAGGGAGGGCCUGACCGAUGAAGAGGAGGAAGAGGAGGAUGAGAGGCAAUGCGCCGCUGAGCUGGAGGGCCCCGAUGAGGAAGACGAUGCCGACGCCGAAGAGAAGGAUCCUGAGGAAAAGAAAACCGAUUAACACAGGGGCUCCCCGUCGGAUAGAGGAUGAUAGGCCUAGUCGAAUUCAGUGACAUGAAACUCAAAGACAUAUCAAUGUAUUACCGCUCUGCUUCUUUGUCUUUCAUAUCACUCUCCCUAAAAAGCCCUCUAGCACAGACUUCUCUCCCUUCUUUGAGUUCUGUGUGUCAGUUUGUCAGGUCAGCGGCUCAGUGGUGCCAUCGAAUCUCAUUUAAAACCAACAGCCUUUUUAAUGAUGGAGCAUAAAAACAAAAGGUGUAAGUGAAGAAGGGAUGGCUGUGAACCAAACACACCACUAUUUAUUAUGAUUGGACAAACUAGUGCUUACCUUCAUGUGAUAUGUUACCCUUUUUCUUUUACUUCAAUUUCCCUUAUACCUUUUUUUGUUUUGUUAUGUUCCACAUUUUCUCUGUUUUCCAGUUUACUAUGAUAGCUUACAAUAUUAGAUACUGUAGCCAGUAGAUAAACCUUGCCUUCAGUCUGAAAACAACCUAAACCCACAGCCAUUUAGCCCCCCUUUCCUCCAACCCAAAGUGUUGGCUUCUCACAUGUAGCGAUUGACGUUUAGAGAGCAAAGGAAGUGCCCAAGAAGGAAAAUCUGCCAUAACUGAAUUGUGCUUUUUCUAUUGUUUGUUAUUGCCUGACAUUUUUUUUUUUAAAGGAAUGCGAAGUGCCGAGCAUUUCAUGUUACGUCUCAACCCAGCCACCUGUUAGCGGUUAGUGUCCAUUUACAAACAGAGCUGAUAGAGAACAGCUGGAGUGGUAAUUGGCUUCAGUCUGUCUGAUGUUGAAAUCUGGCAAACGCACAUUGUUUUUGUACUCGUAUCAACCCAUCCUGUUAAAAAUUCCAUGUGUAGACGGGUUGUACCUGUACAGCAGACACCCAUAACAUGCUCCAGUAGUUCCUGCAGCUUUUAACAAGACGUAUUCCUCAGAUAGACUGGCUCUGUCUGCUUUCAUUUAACAAUCUGUCCUCCAUCACUGGUUGCUAUUAUUGAAUUCAGUAGGCAGGGUGAAGUUUACAUCCUGAUGCACUGAGAAGAAGAACAGAGCGCAUAUGAAAUACAAAAACCCAUCUUCUUACUGCUUUACUUUCACCUCUUUUUGGUUACCAAUGAAUUAAAAACUUGAGUAAACUGACGAUGUUGGGUAUUUUCGGCUCUCUCAAGGCUUCCAAAUCCAUCUUUAUCCUGCUCCUGUACCCUUGUGCUAAAGCGUGUGUAAUAGUGGAAAUCAAAUAGGGGUUAUGGCUUCCUCCGGGGUGCAGGUGGCCACUUUAUUUUAUGAGAAGAGCAAGUGCUCCUAAAAUCUGCUGCACCCAGUGUAAUGCCAUUUUUAUGAAAAAUGCACAGUGGAGUGCACCUUGUUGGAUUUGGGGCCUGGUGGUGGCUUGGUGGUGGAAGUACCUGCUAACUUGUGAAAUUAUGAGUUUAUAGAAGAACAUUUUUCUUUGUAAAGUAGGCAAAAAAGAAUAAAAUAACAAUGAAACGCCCUUUAAUUUACUAUCAAUAACUCAGAUUGAAUUUUGAGGUUGUUUUACGGUGAUGUUUCCAUUCCAAUGAAAGCCUUUUUCUAAUUAUUUCUCUUGAUUGGUGCCUGGAAAUGUGUCGCAUAAUUGUUUUUCCAUUUAUAACCACCCAUAUUAAACAAUAAAGAAGAGCACAGAAAAACAAAAACACUAUAUAUAGUCCCUUAAGUUAAAUGAGCAUUUAACAGAAAAUAUUCUCACGCUGAAUGUCGUCACUAAAGAGUCGAAAACAGACGACAAAGCAACAACAAUUUACAUUUACUUGUUUCCAUCUUCUCAUCUGCUUUCAAAACAAAAAUGGAAACAAGUUCCCCCUCAACAUUAUCCACCAGAAUCAUUCAUGCAUUAUAUUUAACGCACAGAUCUGCAAAGUAAUUAUAAGUUUGAAAUGAGCAAUGAAGGCUUCUAUAACUGGCUCCCUCUCUGGGGGGACUUGAACAUAUGGUAAUGAAUGAGUAUUAAGCUCCUUCUUAACCUUGGGAACAGUAGUGUGACACUGUAAUCUUAACUUUGUACUCUCUUAGAUCAACAUCCUGAAUUUUUCUUUAAAAUCACAUUUCAUACCGCGCUAGUCUUAUUAACUCAAUGCCAGCUAAGCAGCCUAUUUGAAUCUGAGUGGGCCUUGAAUGAAGAUAUUUUUGACUGGUAAUGGGUGUUUUGAGCUGUUACUGCUUUUAUCCCUUUUUUCUGUGAGCUAUUUAAAAAGCUGAGUGAUAAGAUGACAGGUCAGAUAUUCAUCCUCCCUCUGUUCAGUUUGCUUUUUCAGGUCAGUUAUUCGUGUACUUUGACUUAGGCGUCUCAACCUAAGCACACUUGUGUUUUCUUAAUACACAGAGCUGAUCUGUGUUGUUACUGUGAAACUGCACUUAAGGAAACCAUGCCCUCGCCUUGCCUUCUGGUCUUUGUAGUUGCCUACCAUUCUCUGCCAAACUUCCUUAUUUUGGUUUGAAUUGAGACUGUCACACUUUAUUACAGGAUUGAAAGAUUGAAAUAAAGAUUGUCCUCUUUUUUCUUG